GGGUUUGAGGUUUCAGAACCUUUUCUAAAAGGGACAGAGAGCACCCUGCUACAUUUCCUAAUCAAGAAGUUGGUGUGCAGCCGGGAAAGCUGAACGGAGUGGGUCAUGAUGCAGAAGCUAUUCAAAUGCAGUCAGCUGGUCCUGGCUCUUGCCCUCAUCCUGGUUCUGGAAUCCUCAGUUCAAGGUUACCCCAUGCAGAGAGCCAGAUACCAGUGGGUGCGCUGCAGUCCCGACAGUAAUUCUGCAAACUGCAUUGAAGAGAAAGGACCAAUGUUCGACCUACUUCCAAGCGAAUUGAACAAGAUCCCCCAUCUGAGGACUGACCCUUUUCCAAAGCCAAGAUUCCAGGACUUGAAUCGUAUCUUCCCGCUUUCUGAGGACUAUUCUGGAUCAGGUUCCGGCUCUGGCUCUGGCUCUGGCUCUGGCUCAGGAUCUGGGAAUGACUUCCUAACUGAAAUGGAACAGGAGUACCAACCAGUAGAUGAACUUGAUGCUUUCCAUGACAACCUUAUGUCUCUUGACAGGAAUCUGCCCUCAGACAGCCAGGACUUGGGUCAGCCUGGAUCAGAAGAGGAUUUUACAAUAUAAAAGAGAAUUUUCCCACCUUGACACCAGGCAGUAUAUUCAGCAUAAUUUUGUGUACCAUGGUUAAUGAUUGCCAUUAAAUGGUUAAUCUUGGGACAAAAAAUGUUAUAGAAGUUUUUAAACAUCUGUAAAAGAAGCUUAAGUUUUAUCAUCCUUUUUUUCUCAUGAAUUCUUGAAGGAUUAUGCCUUAAUGCUGUUAUCUAUCUCAUUGUUCUUGAAAAUACCUGCAUUUUUUGGUAUCAUAUUGAACCAACAUCAUCAUGAAAUUAGAUUUCCAUGGCCAUAAAAUGGCAUUAAAAAUUAAUUAUAUUAAAAAAAUAGUUUGAGAAGCAAAUUGGCAGGCAGUAUUUCAUACUUAAGAAU